AUGACGCGUGAAAAGAGCUUGUCGGGCUUUGAUGGGGAAAGAAUUCACAUUUCCACUCCUUCAGAGGACAACAAUUCGACUUCAUUUCCUAUUCGAGUAAUUACUCAUAACAUUCGUUAUGCAACCGAAUCUCCAUUUAAAGGGGAGGAACUUUGGUCAAUCCGCUCCCCUCGACUAUGCUCUGAACUCAUAUUUAAUUCCACUGUACCUGAGACUUUCAUCUGCCUCCAAGAAGUUCUCCAUUCUCAGCUUGUCGAUAUUCACGAUGUUUUGAAUGAAGGUCCUGGAUAUAAGUGGUCUCGUCUUGGGGUUGGAAGAGAUGACGGGAAACAAUCUGGAGAAUACUCCCCCAUCUUCUAUCGCCCCGCAGUGUGGGACCUCGUUCUUUACAAAACCUAUUGGCUCAGCGAAACUCCAGACAAGCCCUCCUUUGGCUGGGAUGCUGGUUGUAUCAGACUAGUUACAUUAGGUAUAUUUAGGCAUCGGUUGACGAACGAAAUUGUUGUUGUCAUGAGUACUCAUUUGGAUAACUCCGGUCCAAUAUCUCGACAAAAGAGUGCAGAAUUGAUUUUGGAGAAGGUCAAUCAUUACAAAAAUGCGUAUGCACCCGCUGCACUUCUUCUUGCUGGAGAUUUCAAUAGCCCUCCAGAUGAUGAAGCCUAUAAGACGAUGACGUCCUCCACUUCGACAAUGGCAGAUAUUCGAGAUCUCGUUCCCGAGGUAAAGCGAUAUGGAAAUGAGAUGACUUUCACAUCCUUUGGAUACGUGGAUAACACACCAUCUCGGAUUGAUUUUAUUUUCUCCGCCAAAGAUACAAUGGCCAAAUAUGGAAUUUAUGCAGUGCUGAGCAAUCGUUACGAUGAUGAGGUGUAUCUUUCCGAUCAUAGAGCUGUUGUAGCUGACAUUGAGGUAUCUUCAACUCGGGCUCGUGAAUAA